UGCCUCUUGGCAGUCUUCUUUCUUUCCUGGUGAGCACAGCAUAUUCUUUCUGUUUCAGUAACAAAUCGAUUAUUGCGGGAGAUUGUGUGCAACAUCUGUCUGACUGGUAAUAUGUGGCCGUACAUAACAGGACGCCGCGAGACGCUGUCAGACAUGUGGCUGUUCAGACUUAUUUUACUGGCAUUAUGUCUUGGACGGGUGCUGGCGGGGCUUGGAGAAAUUUACUGUGGCGAGGACAACUGCUACGAUUUGCUCCAAGUCAGUCGAGACGAUGACCGGGCUUUUAUCCGUAAAUCUUAUCGCAAAUUGGCCCGUGAGCACCAUCCGGACAGACAGCAAACUCCCAGUGCCAAAGCAGAGGCAGAAUUACAUCUACGCAAGCUUAAUAUAGCCUAUGAGAUUCUGAUGGAUGAAGAACAACGGCGUGACUACGAUUACAUGCUUGACAAUCCGGAAGAGACCUAUUUCCACUACUACCGGUAUUAUCGACACCGAUAUUCGCCCAAAAUUGAUGUCAGAAUAGUGAUUGCAAUCAUCGUGACUGUUCUGUGUGUUAUUCAGUAUAUCGGGCAAUGGACAAGUUACAACCACGCGUUGACUUACCUGGCUCGAGAUCCCAAGCACCGUGCCAAAGCGCGCGAAAUCGCCAGUGCUGACGGUCUGUUGUCUGUGCGGAGAAAAGACAAUGGGGCGCGAUUUACGCGAGAAGAACUGAAAGAUCGAGAGGAAGCGAUACUUCGUGAUAUCAUCAGUAGGACUGUCGACCUUCGCGGAGACUGUGCGAAGCCUUCAUUACGACGGUUAUUCAUUUGUCAGUUGGUGUUGCUCCCCUAUACGUGCUAUUGCUGGCUAAUUUGGGCAUUCAAAUGGGUCUGGUUCUAUUGGAUACUUCGCCAUCCGUACGAUGAAGCAGCUAAAGUGUUCCUUACUCGACGACGUCUUGGAAUGAGUGAAGCUCAGUGGGAUGGCUUGGACGAGGAGCGACGAGAUGCAUUCAUGAAAAAACAACUGUGGGACCCGAUCGCUUUCCAGGCAUAUACCCAAGCGAAAGCGGAAGAAAUGCGUGUCCUAGCUGCUCAAAGCGGUCAGCAAAAGCGGUAUCGGCGAUACAUUCGGAACACCGGUGGACCCAAGCAAUUUAGCAUGGAGGACUUUGAUUUUUAACUGCUCUUGGGAGUGACCGCAAGUGUGGCGGCCAUCAAGACUCCACUAUUAGUAGAACAACUGACACAGCUCGGGUUCGAGGUCCGCGUGAUUCCCACCGAAAAUUCUCUGAAAUUCUUCGAUCCCAACGACCUGUCCGUUCGCGUAUUCCGAGAUCUGGAAGAAUGGUCCACUUGGUCAAAGCGAGGGGAUCCUAUUCUGCAUAUUGAACUGCGCAAUUGGGCCGAUACAUUGCUUCUCGCCCCGUUGAGUGCCAAUACUUUGGCUAAAUUGGCCUACGGAUUUGCGGAUAAUUUGUUAACCACUGUCGCCAGAGCUUGGUGGUUUCCAGAUCAGGAACAUUCCGAGAACAGCACGAAGAAACGGGUAGUUUUCGCCCCGUCCAUGAACACACGUAUGUGGGAACAUCCGUUCACCGCGGAGCAAAUCGAUCGACUAACUCAACGACUAGGUUGGAUUUGUGUCCCACCAACAUGCAAGGUACUCUUGUGUGGUGAGCAUGGUGUGGGGGCGAUGGCUGAGUUGGAAGAAAUCUGUUCAGUUGUUUGUGCCAACCCUGAUUCAUAA